AUUAGUGACGUCUGUUCUGCAAAAAAAGUUAGAGACGAAGAUAGGCGAGUACCAUGAUGGCGACCAUUUGCAGUAGUGGUGGCUGGAGUACUUUGCCAAGCAUUAUCAUCAUCGAAAUCCUUUCCCUGCUGCCGCUUAAAGAUCGUCUGAAUGCAUCGAGGGUCUGUAGAAGUUGGAGAGAUUGUUUGUUUCAUCCAUCGCUAUGGCGUCGUGUAGUGUUUAGAGUCAACAGCUGUGUCGACCAGAAUGAAUCGUGCCGUUUCUUAGUCAAUAAUUUUGGACGUUUUACUCGAAAUGUCGUGAUCGAGCUCAAUUCUUUAAACCCAAAAGACGUCAGGGAAUGUAAAGAUAUACUGGAUGUCCUUACGUAUAACAAGAAUUUGGAACGGUUGUCCAUGAAACCCAAUAGUUGCCGUUUAGAAUGGAUCGAAGAUGAUUUAGGUCAAGAAGACAAUUUGCUUGAUAUGUAUAUUACAUCAUUGGAACAGAUUAUCUGCAAUGCUCAUAGAUUGAAACAUAUGUCUUUGGGAUGUAUUGAAGAAUUGUUAAAUCAUUCUGAUUUGUUUUUGACACUUUUAAGCCAACAUCAAUUUAAAUCAUUACAAUCUCUACAUUUAGCAAGCAUCAAAGAAGACCCAGAACAUUAUGCAUUAUUGGAUUUACCCAUUAAUACAUUUGAAGUGUUUGGCAAUUUACAGUAUUUAAGUAUAGAUUAUGAUUAUGUUUCAGAUUGUCUGUUAUAUAAUUUAUCUAAAUCCCGUAACAAAUCUCUGCGUCAUUUAAACAUUCAUGUUCAUGGAAUUGAUACUGAACAUCCAGGAACAACAGAUAAUGCAUGGAAGCAGUUAAAGAAUCUCAGUCCACAGUUAGAAGUUACAAUGACUCUGUUACAUUCACAUGAUCCAUCAACAGUAUUACAAGACAUCUUUCAUCCUAGUAUGCCCCUAGCACAUUUUCGAGCAUUUUUCAGUUCAGGACUAGAUGCUGAAUUGUUAGAUGAUGUGGCUAUUUUAAAUUGUAAUACACUAAAAUCCAUAAGUCUAGUAGAAAGUCUAGGGGAAGAUAGUAUUCCUAUAGGACCGUUUCGACCAGAAGCCGAAGAUCCACUUGUCAUGUUGGCUUGGCGUUGUCAAAAUUUAACACAUCUGAGUGUUGUAGGAUAUUGUAUUUGUGAUGUUGACCUUAUUGGAAUUGCUCGUCUUCGUGGACCACAGUUAAAGGAGUUAAAUAUUCCAGCCUGUUGUAUUGCAGUUUAUGAUAUGGAAAACAAUAACACUGAAUAUUUACACAACACUUCAGAGAGAGUUUGCACAUGGUUGUUGAAUGAGAUGGCAUGCAGCCUGGGAAGACAAUGGACCCCUAUGUCAGCAGAAGAAAUUCCUCCACCUGUAGCCAACUAUACAAUGGAUGCAGAUGGAACCUACCUUAAUCAGCUUCUUCGAGAUCAGUGUGGUCCAGAUUUUAACAACUAAAUUACCUAAAAACUUUUUUGUGUAUUGUCCUUUAUUUUCAUCAUGAUAUGUAGUUGUAAUUUCCCUUUUAAACUGGACGUGGGCCAUCAUUUGGAGCCAUUGUUAUCAGUGUAUAUAUGUUGUAUAUGAUGUAUGUGAGAGUGUUGCAUUGUUACCAACUAGUCGUCAUCUCUCAGGGCAAUGCAGGCAGGCUGUAAGAAAAAUCUUUAAGCAAUUAUUUUAGUUAAAUAUCCAUACACUUUGUGUUUUAAUAAACAUUGUGUAUUUGAUAUUUAAGAUCUGCCAAAGUGAGUACAUACAUAAAAAAAACGUAGCCUGCAUUUUUGUACAGGUUUAGUAUGCAUGCUUUGACAUCGUGUACAAAGAGUUCCAUCCUGUUUGGAGGAGGGGAUAUUAAGAUUUUUUACAGGACAUUCCAUGGGUAUCUUAUAUCUUGUCUGUUAUAGUGCAUUGAUACCUGCACAUUUUAAUAUUGUUAUCUUUGCUCAGGGAGUACUGGGCCUCUACUGAUGAACUAUUUUUAGACACCCUCAAUUUGGUGGUCUUUUGAGGGCCAGAAUGUUAAUUCUCCUCUUUCUCCUCCUCCCAUUUUCCAUGCAGGGAGUGAGCACACUAAGAAUAACAUUAAUGGUGCUGAUUAUAUAUUUCAAAAUACAUCCCUGUACAUCGCACAUUCAGAUCAUGUUGUCCUGCUGCUUGUAAAACUGGAGGCUACAAGAGUGAGAUGUUAGCCUAUAAUAAGAUCUAUAUAAAUAUAUUAUAUAUAUAUUAUAUAAAAUAUAUAUAAAUAUACACAUGUAUACAUAUAGUAUUUUCAGCACAAUUUUCUUGCCCUGAUUGUUGAUUGUGAUAUUUUGACUUAGAAAUGUAUUUGCAUUAUGUAUAUUAGCAGCUUGUUUUUGCAGUGUUGGCCUCUGGAAGAUCUGUAUAAUUUUUAAGAGGUUAAAAAGAGGUCAGUGCAGGUGCCAGUUACACUUUUGUCAGCUUGAAUUAUAUUAUCAGGAAAACAUGCUCAGAACUAAGAUUAUAAAAUCCAAAAAUAAACAUUCAUUAUGGCAUGUCCAUUAUGGUAGUUUUUAAAUCAUCCAUACCAGUUUAGUGGGAAUGCAUAGCUCAUAAUAUCUGUGAUAGCUGAGUGCAUGUUACAGGCUGACAAAAAGCACAAAAAAUGUAGACCUCUUGUGAAAGUCAUUUGCUAUUUUGUUAUAUUUUGAGAAUAUUUUUUUUUAGGUUAACUUUAUACAUCCUGAUAAAACUAAAGACACAACAGAUUUACAACUGUGUCAUCUUAAUUCUAAAGCUGAAAAUGCAGUGGCUCCUACUGCAGAUUUCAGGGAUAUUACUGCUGCUAUGCAGCAUGAUGUUUGUAUAGGUAUGUUCUUAUGGAUAUUUCAUUGCCUAGAUGUGUAUUCCAAUUAUCCACUUCAUUUGUUGAUAGUAUUAUACAAAGGAGGAAAAAUUUCUAGUGAGGUGGAUAGAAGUUAUUAUAAUUUUUUAAUUAAUCAAAAAGAUUUUAAUAACAGAUUAAUCUUGACAUAACUUGCCUUUGGUGCUGUUAAACAAUUUCAAAGGCCACUUCAAAAUGAAAACAAACAAUACAAUUACAAAUAAUAAAAACUGGAAGAAAUAUAUAUAUAUUCAGUCAUUCCAGUUGUGUUGUGCCAACAAAAAAAAACACACACACACACACACAUUAUUAAUAAAGCAAAAUACAAUUUUUGAGGUGUUUACUCAUAACAAAUAUUCCUAUAUAUAUAUAUAAAAAUAUAUAUAUAAAUAUACAUAACUUUUUAUUUCUCCUAUGAUGAUAACUUUGUAAAAGCAACAACAAAAUUCUCAAAUGGCAUCCCAGCAAGAUUAUUCUUGAUGGAUGAUACUGAUGCCAUUAUCUUAUAAAAAAAAUAAUAUUCAAAAUGCAUUAGAUCCACUGGAACGUCUGUACAUUCCAUCCAUUUGCAGAUUGGGGUUGAUCAAACACUUGUGUUUGGAUCAUUAUGUAGAUGCAUAUGUGACAGCAUGUAAUGUAUCUAGUAUGUUAUCUGCUUGCAAAACAGUUCUUUUAUUAUUUGUUCCACAUUAGUAAGGUCUUCCUGUGGCAGCAUUGUUGAAGUAAAUAAUGAAAUUCAUUGUAUUGGGAUACAGGUAACCUUAUUAACGUGUGAUAAAUGUGAAUAAUAAUAAUAAUAAAGUCUGUCUAUUGUGUUGCACAUUUGUUCAUCUAUUAUAGAUUUAAAAUUUAGCUAUUACACGAAUAAAUAUUUAUAUAUAAUAAUACAUAGAUUUCUUUUUAAAAGUCAAAAUAAGUACUGUUUUUCUAAAUAUCUUUUUUGUGAAAUUUCUCUUUCAUUAUAUCAGCUGUCUCCCCUAUGUUGUUCAAUAUUAAAAUUUAGGUAGCAUUAUAUAUAUGUAUAUAGGUAUAUGUAUAUUGUAUAAACAUAUAUCUAUAUACAAAAUAUUAAAAUAUAAAAAGUGAUUACUAGUUAAGUUCCAUGCUGAAACAGAUUUAUUUUGAAUUAUGUUCAUUUUUUGUAAAGAACAAAUAUUUAUUCAUUCCAUUAUAAGCUUUUGUUUAAAUUUUUCUAAAAUAUAUAUAUUUUAUAAUAAUCUCAUUAUGUAAAAAUUUUAUGUGAAUGACAGUUUAUCUGAAAAAGAAUAAAGGAGUAAAUUAAAAAUAAAUUUAAAAACUUAAGUGUCAAAUUCAUAUGUAAUUUAAAAUAGACUAUUUACAUUAAAUUUAUAUUUAUUAUUUAAAUGGCUGGAAUGUUGCAUUUAAGAUGUAAAAUUUCGUGUCUGAUAAAUUUAGUGGAAAAUCUGAUCAACUAUUUUAUUUUAUAUAAAAACUGGCCAUUUCAAAAAGUCAUUGCUGGACUUCAUUGUUAGAUUUAAAAUAGCUUAUUGAAAAUAUAUAAAAAUGUGUGAUCCUAAACACUAUCUCAUCAGUUGAAUUUCAUUUUGUCUGGUGAGUGUUCACUUCUAAGCAAAAAGUAAUUUUUCUUUAUAUGAAUAAAGAACCAUCAUCUGAUGAAUUAUUCAUUUUACAUUUGAGUAAUUAAUUUGAGAUUAAAAAUUGUUUUAGAUUUAUAUUUGAAUAUAAAUUUAUAGUGAAUGCAAAUAAAUUAUUAUUUAAUAGAAGACUCCUCAUAUAGUAUUUUUAUUUUAAUAUGAAAAUUUUCUAAUAUUGUAUUACAUUAUACAAAUGCUUGAAUAACAAAAGUUAGUUUUAAUUGGAAUUGUUUUUGAUUGUUUAGCAAAUGUGUGUGUGAAUAUUACAAAUAUCAUUCACUAAUGAUUUAUAUUCAGUAUGAAUCAUACUUAUGAAAAAUGUUUUUUUUGUAGUAUCAGAAUAUUGAAUUAUAUAAUUAAAAAUAUAAACUUAG